AAACCCAAAUUUCCAAUUAUUCAUACAUCACAUGAACCAUAGUAAAUGUAAUCCUACUCACAGAUAAUUUAUAAAUUUUAAAUCAAUAAUGAAACCUAUCAUAAAUGCUUACUAACCACCCAAAUGAGAAAGAAACACCAUAGGUCAUACAUUCAAACACGUCCUCAAGUGCUGACAGUUUUAAUUAAUGCAACAAUGACGUGGCACAGCAUGAGUCGUCAGAUCACUUGAUUAUAGUCAAGAUUAGGUCAGAACCUCAUGAGCAGGGGAGCCUUAUUGAAUAUGGUAGGAAGCAGCACUUACAUGCAUAUUAUAGGGGUGAAAGAAAAAUCCAUUUGCUUUGUUUUGCAGUGGAAAGCGUCAUUUGAGAAGAUGGAUCUUAGUGGGAAGAUGGCAAUAGAGCAGCGGAUCAAGUCUGCAGCUGAUAAGUUCUAUGAAAUCUACAGGGCUAAACCAUACCUCAUUCCCACCAUGGUCCCUGCAAGAGUGCAGAAGGUUGAGUUGCAUCAAGGUGAAAGGGAGAAGGCUGAAGCCUCUGCUGUCAAGCAGUGGACUUAUGUUCUUGAAGGUAAUGUGGUGGAGACUCUGAAGGAGAAGACUGAAGUAGACGACGAAAAGAAGAUGGUAACAUUUGUGGUCUUGGAAGGAGAUGUGAUGAAGAAUUACAAGAGCAUCAAGUUCAUCGUUCAAGUCUUGGAAAAGGGUGAGGGGUCCUCGGUGAAAUUAGGUGCUGAAUUUGAAAAGCUGAAUGAGAGAGUCCCUUAUCCACACAAGUAUCUGAUUCUGGCACAUAAGGUUGCUAAAGAAAUUGAUGCUUACCUUCUUAAAGCAUGACAUGAAAGCCCUACUCCUGUGGUGGCAUGCAGUAGCACUCACUCCUAGUGGUGCAAGCAUAAUUCUAAGUACAAUAAAAGCUCAGCAGCUUAUGGUCGUUGCUUCCCCUUUAUAUUUCUCAUGCAUAAGAUUUGUGCUUAUGGUCGUUGCUUCCCCUUUAUAUUUCUCAUGCAUAAGAUUUGUGUGUGCGCGCGCGCGCUUUUUGGGAAUGUACAAAUUCUACUUUCUAUUAUUAUUUUCUUUCUGUUUUAGUCUUCAAAAGAAUAAAGAAAGAGAGCACUUCCCUGCCA